GAGUUUAAAAAAGAUUGAGAAAAGCCUUACGAAGUGCUCAAAUCCGACGCCAAGGGGAGUAAAAACAGACAGCAAAACAAUACACUUAUAGUACCGUUUAAAUUUUCGCUGCUCUCUGCAGGAGCCACAUAGACCGAGUUCGCCUCUCUGCCAACGACACUUUUCUUCAUUGGUUUAAAUACGUAAAAUCUGCUGUGAAUUACCGAAGAUCACAAUGACAACCCAUUUCAGGAGCGGACCUGCCUUCGGACUGUCAGCCGAGGUGAAGAGCAAGCUGGCCCAUAAAUAUGACCCCCAGAAGGAGGAGGAACUGAGGCUGUGGAUCCAUGAAGUUACUGGUCGCAAAGUGCCGGAUAACUUCAUGGAGGGGCUCAAAGACGGUGUCAUCCUCUGCGAAUUGAUCAACAAGCUCCAGCCUGGAUCUGUGAAAAAGAUCAACAACUCGCCACAGAACUGGCAUCAGCUGGAGAACAUCGGCAACUUUGUCAAGGCCAUCACCGAUUAUGGCCUGAAGCCGCAUGACGUCUUUGAAGCCAACGACCUGUUUGAGAACGUCAACCACACGCAAGUUCAGAGCACGCUCAUUACGCUGGCCGGAAUGGCUAAAUCCAAAGGUUUUCAGUGCAAGUAUGACAUUGGAGUUAAAUACGCCGAAAAACAGCAGCGCCGCUUUAACCCCGAGAAGCUGAAAGAGGGUCGCAACAUCAUUGGCCUGCAGAUGGGCACCAACAAGUUUGCCAGCCAGAAGGGCAUGACCUCAUACGGCACACGGCGCCACCUCUAUGACCCCAAGACGGGCAUGGAAAGCCCCAUGGACCAGUCCACCAUCAGCUUACAGAUGGGCACCAACAAGGGAGCCAAUCAGUCCGGCAUGACCGCCCCCGGCACCAAACGGCAGAUCUUCGAUAAGAAGCUGGACCUGGAGCCGUGUGACACCUCCACCGUGUCCUUGCAGAUGGGCACCAACAAGGUGGCGUCUCAGAUGGGCAUGACUGUGUACGGACUGCCCCGCCAGGUCUACGACAGCAAGUACUGCGUCAACCCUGAGACCCUGUUCAACAACGGCGAGGGGGGAGGACAGUAUGCCUACGACAACUACCAGAAUUACUCUGACUAAGGCAGACUGUCGGCACGCAAAGCCAGCUCUGCUCUCACUCUAAGUUCAUUCACUUCUCUAAUAUUCGGGGUAAGAUUUUGACAACCCCCCCCCCCCAGUUCCUCAUCUGCACCUCAUCUGACAGUUGGUUCCAAAUAUCUUUUGGGUCUUUUUUCCUUAAUUCAUCAUCAAACACUUUUAAUAUAAUAAAAAAGCGAUUGUUACUCCUCUUAUUUGGAACGAGACCAGGUACUAGGUGCUGCAUGCGGAGUUUCUAAAGUCUCUAUUUAAAUGCAGGUUUUGUAUUUAUUGAGGUAACAGGUUCAUCCUAGUCUAAUGGUACAAAACCUCAUAUUAUUUUUUUUUAACAGGAGGAAAAACCCUUGUGUGCAUGACAGUUUGUCCCCAUUUCCCUCAUUGUUGACCUUUGACCCCCAGGAUGACAUGCAUUAAUGAGCUUGAGUGUUAAUCUACAGCAGGGGUGGCCAGUCUUACCCAGAGGUGGCCGCUGUGUUUGCAGGUUUACACUGCGACUCCCUAAUUAGAUCACCAAUUAAAGGACUGAUUGGCUGAAGAGUCCUCAGACCUGGGUGUGAACAGCUGACCUAAAGGUUACCCCAAAAACCCGCAUGCACACCGGCCCUUUGCGGAUAAGAUUGGACACCCCUGAUCUACAGGAAGCUCUUCACCACUGCGCUGUAGUUCACCUGUGACCUUUGACCUUUUUAGCUAGGAGACCUUAGUUUUCUACUCUGCCUUGCAGGACAGAAGAUAUUUAAAUUGGAUCUUGUAAAGUAUUUAUGAAGAAAUGUUCUGGGCUGCUCACGUAGCCCAGUUUAUAACUUUUAUCUGUAUCUAUGUUAGUGUGCCAUCUAGUGUUUAUUUUUCAAUAUACACCAGAUAUAUGGAUCUGUGCCAAAAAAGAUGUUUUAUAAUUGUGAAUCAGAAACAAGUUUUCUUCCAAAGUCAGAUCCUAUAUAUUUAAAAAAGCGACAGGGUCCAUGAACCAAAACUCACUAGACUAGAUAAGGACUCGCUUUUAAAUACUUUAACGUUGUAUUUUUUUAGACAUAAGUCUAUGUGUAACUACAGAAAUUUUAUAUUUCCAAGGGAAAAUAUAUAAUUUGUUAGACUGGUAGGGAGGUAGACUUUUAAUGGUCCCCAUGGGGGGGGGGGGGUUGGAAUUACUUAAGAUUACUUAAGAUUGUGAACAUUUCGGGCAAGAAGUGUGGGGAACAGGAGAUGGAUGAACAUCCAGCUCAGGUUUACGCAGCAUCAGAGGGACAGUAUGUAGCAAAGACACAGCAGAUACCUUUUCAGUGAUGAUUAUUGCUGCUGGGGAAAUGAUUGCACUAAAGGAACCAACAUUAUAGGAUGUUUUAGACUGAAUUCGAUGCUAAGACUCUUCUUGUUCAUGGAGGAAUCCUUCCACCGUCUUGCCAAAAUGGGGAAAAAUUCUUUUUGCAAAUCCUGCCUAAAGUCCCGAAGGUGCCCUUAAUCUGAGUCGUCCAGCCUGGACACGAAAUGUUCAGUUUCCUCAUGCUUCUAUGGCCAAACAGGCAUGUGUGGGACAUGUGAACCCAAAGCCCCUUUCAGCUGAUUUAAACGCUUUUACUCUGCUAGUGAAAAGUUGCUUGACGUUGGAGCCGAGGUCUGUGUGCUUCAGUUACAUUUGGUGGGUUUUUUUUUUAAUGACGAUCAUGGCCACAUCAUUUCAAAGGUCGGAUGAAGCCAACUGUGCUUGGCCACGACAAAAAGAAGCAUUUCCAUUAUGUCUGUAUUUCGGAAUAAAACUGUGCAAUACCAAUAAAACAAGGAAGCAGAA